UCGAACAACUGCUCGCCUGCCAUGGAUCACCACUGUCUCUAGGGGGUUUCACAGAAUUUUAAAAGCCCUCCAAAUUAACUGCGUGGAUGCGCAUGGGCUUUUAAUUCGACGUAUAAACAAAUCAACGGAAAUGUCUUUCGGCGUCAAGUGACGUCAUUCAACCUCCGCCAACGUCAGUCACCGGUUUUAUUUUGUUUAUCGUAACACUGCUGUAGUUUCAUCGUGUUAUCAUAUCGGCGAGAAGAAAUGGCGUUGUCCAACUCGUACAGACUCAGGUGCUCCAUUCCUGGGCACGAAAUGGAUGUUAGAGGGCUCGCAAGUGUCGCACUCCCUGACGGAGCUUUUGUGUCUGUGUCCAGAGAUCGAACCGGAAGAGUCUGGGUCCCCAACUCCAGCCCAGACAAAGGUUUCACAGAAAUGCACUGUAUGUCCGGCCACUCGAAUUUUGUAUCCUGUGUAUGCGUCAUCGCUCCUAGUGAAAUACAUCCCCGAGGACUUGUUGUCACUGGUGGAAAUGACAAUAAUAUUUGUGUUUUCACAAUGGACCAACCACAGCCCCUGUACACUCUCAAGGGUCACAAAAACACAGUUUGCACUCUUUCCUCUGGGAAGUUUGGGACAUUAUUGAGUGGCUCCUGGGACACCACAGCCAAAGUCUGGCUCAAUGAGAAGUGCAUGAUGACUUUACAGGGCCACUCUGGCGCAGUAUGGGCAGUAACCAUUCUACCUGAACAAGGUUUAAUGCUGUCUGGAUCAGCAGACAAGACCAUUAAGCUUUGGAAAGCUGGCCGCUGUGAGACGACCUAUACUGGCCAUGAGGACUGUGUGAGGGGGUUGGCAGUGAUCAGCAAUACAGAGUUCAUCUCUUGCAGCAAUGAUGCCAGUAUCAGGAGAUGGCUGGUAAAAGGCGAAUGUGUACAGGUCUAUUACAGCCAUACCAACUACAUUUACAGCAUAGCUGUGUUCCCUAAUAACGAAGAUUUUGUGAGUACAGGAGAGGACAGGUCUUUGAGGAUAUGGAGGAAAGGAGAGUGUUCCCAAACCAUCCGCCUCCCUGCACAGUCGGUGUGGUGCUGUUGCAUUCUGCCAAAUGGAGAUAUUGUUGUCGGUGCCAGUGAUGGUAUGAUUCGUGUGUUUACGGAGUCUGAGGACCGUGUGGCCAGUCCAGAGGACUUGCAGGCCUUUGAAGAUGACCUCUCCAAAGCCACCAUUGACCCCAAGACAGGUGACCUUGGAGACAUCAAAUUAGAGGAGCUUCCUGGAAGGGAGCACCUCAAUGAGCCUGGGAAUCGGGACGGACAGACACGACUGAUCAAAGAUGGACAGAAGGUGGAGGCAUACCAAUGGAGCAUCAGUGAUGGCCGAUGGGUUAAAAUUGGAGAUGUAGUUGGUGGGUCAAACCAACAGACAUCCAAGACAGUGAUGUAUGAGGGAAAGGAGUACGACUAUGUCUUCACGAUUGACGUGAAUGAGGGUGGGCCAUCCAUGAAACUGCCUUACAACGUGUCAGACGACCCCUGGCUGACAGCACACAAUUUCCUGCAGAAGAAUGACCUCAGCCCCAUGUUCCUGGACCAGGUUGCCAACUUUAUAAUAGAGAACACCAAAGGACACGUGUUGGGAACAGCCCAGCCAGAAGGUGUGGUGGACCCAUUCACUGGAUCGGGUCGCUAUAUCCCUGGGUCGUCAGACUCUAGGACAGGCCUUGGAGCUGAUCCUUUUACCGGUUCUGGCCGCUACAUCCCUGGUUCAGGUACGACCACAGGUGGUCCUGCUGGUGCGGCAGAUCCCUUUACAGGUGGAGGUGCUUACUGCGCUGCUGCCCUCAGACAGAUCCCAACCAAUAUCUACUACCCGAAAACAGACUGUGUGACCUUUGAGCAAGCCAAUACCACUCAGAUUAUUGCCAAGCUAAAAGAACUGAACAGUGGAGCCACCCAGGUUCACAAGUUGUCGGAGGAAAUUCUGGAUAGCCUGGAGAGACUAUUGGUGACCGUCUGUGGGCUCAAAUCAUUGGAGCAGCCCGCAACGAUCCAGCAGAUCAACCUGCUCUGGAAGGCCUCUCACUGGCCUGAAGACAUUGUGUUUCCUGUCCUGGAUAUCAUGAGACUGGCCGUACGCCAUCCACAGGUCAAUGAGAGUCUCUGUGGUGAGGCAGAGGGCAUCCAGUUUUGCAACCACCUGCUUAGCUUGAUGAAGCCACAGGGUCGGCCAGCCAACCAGUUGUUAGCAUUGCGGACUCUGUGUAACUGUUUUAGUGGCCAGCAUGGCCGAGCCCUCCUCAUGGCCCAGCGUGAGAUGGUGCUGUCUCGUGCUGCUGACCUGGCCUCCGUCUGCAACAAAAACAUCCACAUUGCCUUGGCCACUCUGGUUCUCAAUUAUGCAGGCUGCCUGCAUGGCCAGCCUGACCUUGAGGCCAAGGCCCAGUGCCUCUCUGUAGCUAGCACUGCCCUGGAGUCAGUGCAGGACAUGGAGGCUGUUUUUAGGCUGCUGGUGGCCCUGGGCACCACCAUGGCCUCAGACCAGACAGCUCAGGACUUGGCUCGAUCCUUGGGUGUCAACUCCCAGAUUUCAAAGUACUCCUCAAUCUCAGACCCACCAAAGGUGGGUGAGUGUUGUCAGCUGGUUCUAAAAGAACUACAGUGAUGCAACACCCGCACCUAUUAUUACUCUGUUCUGCUCAAAUGUUUGUGGUGGGAACUUUACUGAUUGCAUGUGCUGCAAUGAAAAGAUGUAUAAAUUAAAGCUUUGA